AUGGAGUCGGGGGCUGUUUUGAAUAUACCAUUUUAUCGCAUUGCGCUCGCUUGCUAUUCAAACAACCAGAUCCAAGAACGAAAGACUAGACAGACGGGCAACGAGACCCAAACAUACAAACACCACUACCAGCGGGCGAAGAAUCCAGCCUCGGAUUACUACAAGAUACCCACGACUUAUCCCACAUCACACCCCAAGGGAAGGCGCGAGAGCCCCACGCAACGAAACGAAGAUACAGGAAAGGCUCCAACUAUGGACCACCACCCGGCCGCAAGCAUGGAAACAUUUAGCCGCCAAAGGGAAUCAGGCACGAGCUCACUUCCGGAGGGAGGCCAAGUGAUGGAGGAGCAGCACCUCGACUUCACCGGCAGCCGCAGCACGGCAACGGGCCCGGCUAAAUGCCCGAGUCGAACGGAUUCACAAGGGAUGGGGAAAGAUGCGCCCCGCGGCUAUCGGCCACGAGAGUUUCGUGGGGUCACAUCAAUGCCAACCAACAUCGGUGGUAUUGGUGCUAUAAGCAAGCUCUGUCAAUAUGGAGUGGAGGAUUGGAGAGCGAUGUCGCCGAGACUCGACUAUCGAGCGGACACCAACGGUAGCUCGCUGAUUCAGCAUCUUCUACCUCAAACUCCCGAGAUCGGCGAAUGUGUUCUAUCCGUGACCGCAGACCACAUCCUUGAACCUGGCGACCGUACAGAACAUGUUGAACGAGGCUUGCAAGGCAAGGGGUUGCUGGAUUUCGCAUUAGCGGGAUCCUCCAAGGGUUCAAUGAGCAGUGAUGCUACGGGGUGGCUACUGUUACCAAAGUUUGUAAUGCAGCCACGACGCAUGAUGGAAGGAUCAGCAGACGGUAAUUUUCCACUUGAGCUGCGCCGGACCAGGUGCUUGGAUUUGAUAGGGCAGUGGCUACAACUACAUGCAGGUCUCAGUGUUCACACCACCCCAACCAAACAUGGAUAUGGAACCCACCAUUUGAUAGCCUUGGGAUGGGUUAAGAUUGCAGUGAAGGUAUCUCUGAGUGGCUGGAAUGGGGUUGAAAGUGCAUCAUCGCACCUGCACCAGAAUGUAGUGAAUCAAGCUCACUACCCGGACACAGAAAAAUACGGCAACUACUAG